UAUCUUUCGGUCCCAUUUUGCUGAUAUUACCGUGGCAACGUACGGCGAGAAUACAUCUCGUUGGUUUGUUGGAAUCCGUCACCUUUUGUCCGAGAUACCUGACGUGGAGUAACACCACAGGUCCGUUACGUGGCGUAAUUGCCAUUGACUAGAGUCCCACUUUCUUCACACAGAAUCUUAUAGUAUGCCCGCAAAAUACUCUCAUAUCAAAAAGCGCACUCCCAUUCCCAAGAAGACCGGAAAGGGCUCCAACAAUGGCGGUAAUGGCCCCAAGCAAGUACUCAAGCACCGACAUCCGUACCGUCCCAAUCCCAACGCUGACCGCAGCAUAACGCAGGCUAUGUCAGCUGUCACUCAGCUUGAACGCGCCAUUUCCCGCAUCCUGCUCCUCCGUUAUGAACAGGACAUCGCGCGCCUGUUCUCGACACGUCUUCAUGAUAUCGCUCUUGUGCAUCUGCCCACCUUUGUGAUGCGUUGCGUGACAUUGGGUGGUCCAAGUUGGGCGGCACAUAAUGCGGACUGUGAAGAAAUUAAGGAUUUUUUCCGAGCCGCGAUCAGCAUGGACAUGCGUCAAGCUGGUGAAAGGGUUGCAACGAAGAGUGUUUUGUGGAGUUAUACGGCGUUGAGACAUUUCGCUAUGUCAAACAAUGUUGCUAUAUGUCAGAAACGCGGUCUACAUUCGAUGAAGCUGCUGCCGCAUUAUCCGUCUCUGAAGACGCAUUUGGAUGUGUUGGAGGCGAUGCCGCCACCUGUUAUGUCUAAACCACCUCAUCUAGGGUCUCUCAAGGAGGGAAUAGAAGCCCUGGAGGAGGCAUGCGAGCACAAAUAUGCUAGAUGGAGCGAGGUGCCGCUAGAGUGGCAGCAUGAUUGGCGACCCAAGGUGCGAUUGGGGUAUGAGAAGGUCACCCAGAUGCUUUGGCGAGUAGCGCGGGAGUAUGAUGUACGAGGGUACGGCCAAGUAUUGAGGGAGAAGCUGUCCACAAAGUGGUGUGAUUGUGGGUGCUCGACGGAUCAUCUAGGCGAAGUGUGCGAGAAGACUGUGAGGGAGGACGAGGAGGAAAGCGGGGUGCGUUCGGGGAAGCAGAGGGAGUGGGAUGGAAGAGGGAGCGGUGUAUUUGGUUGGGAGACCGAAGAUGAGGAGGAUAUAUGGGAGCUGGAGCUAGAUUUCAGUGGCAUGGACCCAGAGGACUUAGAUGAGGAUAUCGAUCCCAGUAUGACUAUUGGAGAGAUUAUGGAGUGGCGGUUCCUCAAAGCUGAGCGAGAGAAGGAGCAGGGUAACACUGCUUUCCGGAGGGGACUAUUUGAUACAGCGAUUACACACUAUCAAGUGGCACAUAAAAUUGAGCCUGAGCUGCCGCAUUACCAACUGAAUUUAGCUGCCGCGUAUCUGAAGCUCAACAACUGGAUAGAGGCAGAAAAGGCAUGCACGAAGGCAUUAAGCCAGCACCGUAGCGGAAAGGGAUACUUCCGUCGCGCGCGUGCUCGAAGAAUGCUCGGGAAAAUAGACGACGCUAUCAGAGAUUUGCGCGCCAUACUCAAAUUCCAACCGUCAAAUAAUGACGCCAUAACAGAACUACUCGACCUAUUACCGCCUGACACCAAUGCUCCCAACCCGUCAUCCUCUUCGGCAGACCAGCAAUACCUCGAGCACCUGCACGAACACCUUGGAAUCGCCAAACCCAAAUCAAUAAAACCCCCGCCCUUUCCUCGUGUCCCAGGCGACAGCCAGAAGCUGAAGAUUGUGAUACUGCCUACGAAUGAUGUACCAAUAUGGGAGCAUCAUCAUGAGGUUACGGAGAAAGGCAAGCAGAAAUUGACGAUGACGAUGAAGACUAAUUUGACGCCGAGGGAGGCGGAGAUGCAGAAGCUGAGGAGGGAGAAUAUGGCGUAUCCAGGUUGGGAUAGGUAUGUGGUGAAGAAGGCCUGAGAAGGGUCAUUAUUUGCUAUUUAUAUAUCUACAGU